AGCUCUCUAGCUCGACGACGUCACCGCUCGGAGACUUCAAACUCUAUCGAUACACGAGAGCUCUAGAAAUAGCAAGCGUUCGACGGCCUAGACGACAUCGACUCUUCCGGCACUCACCAUGACGCCGCAUAGCCUGCUCGACGGCCAUGAGGACGGCCCCGUCGGAAACGGAUUUCCCUCCCAGACCGACGGUCAAGCCCCCUCCAGUCAGCAAACUGGUUCUGUUCACCAACUAAACGUGUCGAAUCUGAGAAGAACAUCCCCAGAGGAGGUACACGACCUCAUCUGCGUGGGGUUCGGUCCCGCGAGUCUCGCGGUCGCGGUGGCUCUUCACGAUGCUAUCAAUCACGGCAGUCUCCCGAAGUCGGGAGAUUCUUCGCCCUCGCCCAAAGUUCUAUUUUUGGAGAAACAGGACCGGUUUUCCUGGCACUCUGGAAUGAUCCUCCCGGGAACUAAGAUGCAGAUAUCCUUCAUCAAAGAUAUGGCAAGCCUGAGGGAUCCCACUUCUCAAUUUACCUUUCUCAAUUACCUCCACAGGAAUGAUCGACUCGUCGAAUUCACGAACCUAAACACCUUCCUCCCAGCUAGGGCGGAAUACGAAGACUACCUGAGGUGGUGCGCUGGCUUCUUUGACGAUGUUGUCAAGUAUAACACCGAAGUUAUAGCUGUCGCCCCUGUCGAGGUUUCCGACCCAGCUGGCUCGAUUUCUACGUUUACUGUGACGUCUAGAGAUGUCAAGUCGGGCACGUCGACGGUACACAAGGCUAGGAAUGUGUUGAUCGCUAUCGGCGGCCAACCGUUACUCCCAAAGUCUCUGCCGGCGGACCACCCUCGAGUUGUCCACUCUUCCCAGUAUUCCCAUGUCGUCCCGAACAUUCUCAGCAAGCCGGAUUCUCCGUAUCGCGUGGCUAUCAUAGGGGCGGGCCAGAGCGCUGCCGAGAUCUUCAACAAUAUCCAAACUCUCUAUCCAAAUUCCAAGACGUUUUUAGUUUCACGCUCCGAAUUCCUGAAGCCGAGCGAUGACUCUCCUUUUGUGAAUUCAAUCUUCAAUCCGUCAUUUGUAGACGCGUUAUACCAAAGGUCUCCCGAGGACAGGCGUUUCUUAUUGGAGGAUUCACGGAGCACGAAUUACGGAGUCGUCAGACUGGAGCUCAUCGAGCGCCUUUAUGAACGCAUGUACGAUCAGAAGCGUGAGCUUGGAAGCGAUGCGCGGAAGUGGCCCCAUCGCAUUCUGAGCGCUACGGAUGUCGUUAGCUUGGAUGCUAAAGGCGACCAAUUAAGGCUUACGGUUCGCCCCUUGGGUUCGGGUCGGUAUACCGUCUGCGGAUGGGCUGAAGAGGACGCGAAACACGGUGCCGAUGAGACUGAAACUCUGGACGUUGACCUGGUCAUCGCAGCCACAGGAUACCAACGCCAAUCUCACCUGACAAUACUCCAAGGGGUAGCCGGUUUACUACCGGAAAUUAAGGAGUCAAAUGGAUCCACCGCAAGCAACGGGACCGCGAAGGCUUCCUCAGCUGGGAUUCAAGAUCGCGCACUCGGAGUGUCCCGCGACUAUAGCGUUCAAUUCUCACCCGGCAAGGUGUCGAAGGGAUCUGGCAUCUGGCUUCAAGGAUGUUGUGAGGGCACUCAUGGUCUGAGCGAUACAUUGCUGUCUGUUUUGGCCCCUCGUUCAGGGGAGAUUGUCAAAUCUAUAUUCGGGGAUAACGCUUCUAAAGUCAGCCGAUAAAUGCCGUCCCAGACACCUGACUAAAUCUGAAUCUACCGCGACCAGAGGUUCUUACAAAAUCGACGACUAUGACGCCAGCAUAUGUAUGGAUAUUUAUAGACUGUCAUAUCAGCUACGGAAGUCCUGCCGGAGGACGUUAAGUCGGAU